CCGCCGGCCUUGGCGGGCCUCCUGCGGCAGCGCCCGGCGGGAGCUUCGGCGGCGGAGCGGAGCCGGGCCCUGCGCUGCGGGGCAGCGGCCGCGGGGGUUAGGCUGAGGCUGCGGCGUCUCCUCGAGACCUGCCCAGGAAGAGCGGGCUGUCUGUCAGUCUGUCUGUCCCUCAAGCACGUUGAAUGGUGGUAGUCGCGUGUGUUGUCCUGUGGCCUCUUGCCUGUCGUAACAAGAGGAUCAUUUCCACACCAUUUUGUGGCCAAAGCAUCUCUCACGAGUAGCUCCCGGCCCUUCGGCCGCUGCCUUGCACAGGUUACCCGGGAAACCUUGCAGUCUGCUACAGUGCAGUAUCGUGAGGUCAGAUCUCCUGACCUGCACAGGUACGGAGGCGAGCAAAAGAUCAGCUCAGCAGCGUUCAACGUGCUGCCAUAGAGCAGCUAGCAGGGAGCAAACCACGGCUACCCCUCGUUCUUGUUUGUUACCAGUAUAAGCUUGGAGCAGUUUUCUUCGGGUCAACAGAACUGCUUUGGCUUUGCACCGCAGAGCAGGGAAUAUGGCCUUAGAGUUCAUGCUGUGUUGCCCUCCACAGAGCAGAUGGUCUUGAUGGUGGGUUAACCACGAGAGGGCACUCGCCGAGGCUUCCCCAGUAACGAAAUGGAAGGAAAUGCCCCAGAAGUGUGGGGAGCAGACAGAAUUUUUAGCAGAAGGGCUUCCACGUCUGUGCUUUAACCUGUGUCUCUUUAUCAAGCGGACAGGUUGGGUGUUUGUUGGCUUUAUCGCUGUGAUAAGGUAGCCAGGAAGAAACGUAAAGCCCUUCCUGCUCAUGGCUGGAUGUUCCCCAGUGACUGCAUCGGAUAAUCAUGUAGGGGAUGCUGGAGUAAUUUUAUAGUACUGCUGUCCUCAAAGACAAGCUUUUGAAACACCAUUUCUUAACACCAACACAGUCUAGCAUGAGGCUGAAACCAUUCCAAAGCUCAGCUAAUCUGUUUUGGAUUUUAUCUUCACAUAACCUUUGUUUGAAAACAGGAAUGUUUUAAUAUUUAAUAAGUUUUUUUCUGAUCUAAGGGCAGUUAACAGGGAAGUACUGAUCGUAUUAUGGAAGUUCCUCUGCACUCGUAGCAAGCGAGAUGCAGUGCUUGGAACAAGAGGUCCACAAAAGCUCACUUUCUGCGAAACCACGUAGAAAUGGGUCUGUUUUAUGGGGAAUCACCCAUAAAAGCAUGCUUUUCCUGAGUGAACCCACCUGCCAGGCUAUUUUUUUUCCAUGUGGUUUGGGGGCCAUUGAGUCUGUGCAAAAAUGCAAAGAAGACCCGAGUUCUGCGGAUGUCAGUUGCCGUGGCAACGUUGAUUUCCCAUGGAUUUUGGUCCUGUCGUAACUGUGCUCUUUUUCUAACGUGAUCUGGGAGUUGUGCGUUCCUCGGGGAUGUUAGUGGCAGAGUUCCUGGGAAUCCUUCCCCUUACCAGAUUGAUCUCACACUUUCCUAAAAGACACAGCUGCUUGUUGCCAGCUCUGGCCGCUGUUUCGCAUGCAUCAGAUGAUUCAGGGGAAUUUUUUGGGAACAGUCCACAGAUGUCACAUCUUGGCAGGGAAAUAUAGGAAGAGAGAAAUAUGACUUUAGGGAGCUAAAUAUGAGCUGUGCUUUCUAAGCAUGUAGAGAGAACUCUUUAAAACCCUAAAUUAUAACAGAGGAAAUGUUACAUUUAUGGCAAAAAGCAAUCCGAGGGUAGAAAAAAGCAAGAAAGGAAUAAAAAGGAAAGUACUUGUUUGUGCUUUACUGACUUGCCAAGUUUUGGUUCAGGGCUCAGCGUUCCCCUUGCCCACAUCGCUACUCGCAGAUCCCUGACGCUGCAGAAGAAAGUGUCGUGGUGCUGUGGGGGAUGUGGUCUUUGCUAUGAGAGAAGCAGACCCUGGGAAUCAGAUCCUGGGUUUAGUCGGCCCGUGGGCUGUCAGACAUGUGACGCUGCGGCUUGUGCUCCAGUGUGUGUAGUGUGCUCCUUUAGUAAACUGUGAGUAGCCUUACUAGUGUCCUGAUACAGCUCUGGUGUUGCCCAGAGGUCACAACCUACCAGUACUUCUCAGACGUAAUUGGUUGGGUUCCUUCUUAGAGUGGACCGUAUGAUCCAUGGAAAUACAGGAAAUUCUCACUGUUACUGGGUUUUUUCCCUCAGCUUGAGCAUCCUAGAUUCUUGAUAAACGGAAGAGAAACUAUGCACUCUGUUAAGAGAUGCGGAGCCUGCACCCAGAAAGGGAGUUGAGCGUAAUGAUCCUGAACAUCACCCUUCUUAGCUUGAGGUGUGGAGUGCCUGAACUCAGGUUAGGUGCUUCUUCUGGGUAAGCAGUGGGUAGCAGAAUGUGCUUGAAAGGGUUUUCAGGAGGGUCCGUCAGGAGGACUUGCGCAGUCUGUCUGCACAUGUUGGAAGGGUGCACCUGAAGCGCCAGUGUUUCUGAGUUUAGGCACCAGUGAACAGUGCUGUGUGGUGAAAACGGGGCAGCAAACUCUGAAUGUCCCUGUCUGGAAAACUGGGUUUGGAGCGAAAAGUGGGUUGUUUUUUUUUUAAGCUAAGGGAAACAUCUGUGCUUGUGUUUCUCUGGGACACUAGUGACUCCUCUGCAAGGUGCCGAGGUGUUCCAGAAUUGAUUUGCUUCUGCUGCUUUAGAGCCAGAGGUACCAGAGAUACCUUCCAUCUAUGGAACCUUUCAUCUAAGGUAGUGGGUUGGAUGGGGAACCAUCUGCUGUGGUCUGGUGGUAGUGGCAAGGGACCGUGAGGAGGCCUUGUUUAGCAGAUUUUCUUAGUAACUGGAAUCAUGUAGUCAUCGCUGGAAAAUUGCCCCCGCACAAAGUGUUUUUGCUAAUAUUAACUUUAGUUCCAUCUCAGCUCAAUGGAGGGAAAAACUAGAAAGUGCCAUAAAUUCAGCUGAGCUUGUCAAAGCUGUCAAAUUACCACCUGAUAAAGCUCCUGCCUCCUAAUGAUUACAGCCAUCAGCCAGCGAGGAAAUGUAUGCCGGUGGGGCUUUCGGGCGACAGCACCAGGGUUCAACAUUGUUAGACUUUUAAUGUAGUGUCAUCUGGGGGCUCUUUGGCUUCAGUGGAGGGUGAAGCUCUCGGCAGAGUUAUUUCUUUAAAAAAAAAAAAUUUCCAAGGAUGUAGACUAGCAUGCCACCCUUCUCUUAUCAGCCAGAUUAAUGCUGACUACUAAAUUUUAGUAAAGGUCUUCUUCGGUCCCAUUUGUUAGUAUUAGGACUCCAUAGAGAUAAUGUCUUUUCACGUAUAAAAGAUGCUAUUGAUUUUCUGUUACUGUUGUCCUGAAAUGUGCGCAGUGUGUCUAUGGAGCAGUGACAAUCCUCCAUCACUAGCUUUAUGGGAAAAGAAUGGUUAUUGAAUCUUUUCCCAUAAAAUAUAAUCUCUUUUUCUCUUCCAGAAUUUGCCAGCCCCUGUGGGAGUCCCUCAUGUUAUCUCUUUGAGAAAAUUGAUUUUUUUUUUGUCUCUGCUCAGUACACUUGUGUUUAGUUUUGUUUUAAAUUUGGCUCAUGUGAUAUGAAAUGAAGGCUUCCCUAAUGUUAAGCAUGCUUUCUCAGUGCUGUUUUACUUCUUUUUCAUAUAGAUUAACACUUUCAGAAUGUUUUAAAAUAAAAUAAAGAUACUUGCUUGGCACAAGUCUCUCCUGUUGUUGCUGGGAAUUUUUUUACUCUGGGCGAGCCGUAGCCCUGCUCUUUCUUUCCCGGCAGGUCUGAGAUGCGGACAGCCUUUCAGCUGCUUACAGGUAAAUUCGGGGGAGGAAACGGCAACAUGAAUUCAUAGAUGAUGAGUAGGAUGCCAAAGCCAGAGAUGACAGUGCUCUUGAAGAAAUGCUGGGUAGAACAAAAAGAUGAUCAUGGGAACAGCAAUGGCAGUCAUGUAAAAAUCUUUUUACCGAAGAAGCUGCUUGAAUGUCUACCAAAAUGUUCAAGUUUACCGAAAGAGAGGCACCGCUGGAACACUAAUGAGGAAAUUGCAGCUUAUUUAAUAACGUUUGAAAAGCAUGAAGAAUGGCUAACAACUUCCCCUAAAACAAGACCACAGAAUGGUUCUAUGAUCCUGUACAAUAGGAAGAAGGUGAAAUACAGGAAAGAUGGAUACUGCUGGAAAAAAAGGAAAGAUGGGAAAACCACGAGAGAGGAUCACAUGAAACUGAAAGUCCAAGGAGUGGAGUGCUUGUACGGCUGCUACGUCCAUUCCUCCAUCAUCCCCACGUUUCACAGAAGGUGCUACUGGCUUCUGCAGAACCCAGACAUCGUGUUGGUGCACUACCUGAACGUCCCUGCCAUUGAGGACUGCGGGAAACCGUGCGGCCCCAUCUUGUGCUCGAUAAACACAGACAAGAAGGAAUGGGCAAAGUGGACAAAAGAGGAGCUCAUUGGACAGCUCAAACCGAUGUUUCAUGGCAUUAAGUGGACAUGCAGCAAUGGAAACAGCAGUUCAGGGUUCUCAGUGGAGCAGCUUGUGCAGCAAAUCCUCGAUAGUCACCAGACGAAACCGCAGCCUCGGACACACAACUGUCUCUGCACUGGUACCUUGGGGGCAGGAAGCAGCGUGCAUCACAAGUGUAACAGUGCCAAACAUCGCAUCAUAUCACCAAAGGUCGAACCAAGGACAGGUGGGUACAGCGCUCAUUCAGAGGUGCAAAAUAAUGAUGUCUCGGAAGGCAAGAACGAGCACAGUCAUGGCAAGGCCUCCAGCCGAGAGAAGAGGAAUGGCAAAGUGGCGAAACCGGUGCUGCUCCAUCAAAACAGCACUGAGGUUUCUUCCACCAACCAGGUGGAGGUCCCUGACACGACCCAGAAUUCUCCUGUGUCCAUCAGCAGUGGAUUAAAUAGUGACCCAGAUAUGGCAGAUAGCCCGGCUGUCACUGGUGUGUCCAGUAUGGCUGUAGCAUCAGUUAUGGGAAGCUUGUCACAAAGUGCCACCGUAUUUAUGUCAGAAGUCACCAGUGAAGCUGUGUAUACCAUGUCACCCACCUCCGGCCCAAAUCAACACCUUCUGUCCUCAGAUGCAGCUGCACAAGGACUGGUACUUGCUGUGAGUUCAGAUGGACACAAAUUUGCUUUUCCAACAACUGGCAGUUCAGAGAGCUUGUCGAUGCUACCCAGCACUGUCUCUGAGGAACUUGUGCUCUCCACAACUUUAGAUGGAAAUAGAAAAAUUCCAGAAACCACCAUGAAUUUUGACCCAGACUGUUUUCUUAACAAUCCCAAGCAAGGGCAGACUUAUGGUGGAGGAGGUAUGAAAAGUGACAGCAUCAGUACCAACAUAAGGCAGUCACCCACAACAGAACGUAGCUUCAACUUCAAUACAACCCUCACAAAAGAAAUCAAAACUGAGGACACAUCUUUCGAACAACAGAUGUCCAAAGAAGCAUUUUCCUCCACUUCUGCAUCUAACACACUCACCCUCACUACUGGUUCAGGUUUGCUUCCAUCUGGAGGAGGUCUGAGCCCAAGUACCACCCUGGAGCAGAUGGACUUCAGUGCCAUUGACUCCAACAAGGACUAUUCUUCUAGCUUCAAUCAGACCGUCCAGAGCCCUCAUGUUCAUCAGACCCCUUCCCCCAGCUUCUUUCUGCAGGAUGCCAGCAAACCUCUUCCCCUUGAGCAAAACACUCACAACAAUUUGAAUGACUCAAGUAGCUCAUUUGUGAACACGUUAGGAAUCCCCAGUGUGAAAACAGAGUCCUCGUCCCAAACCACUUCCAACUGUAACGGCACAGUGGAAACCAGAAUAGAGUCCACCUCUUCUCUCCAGCUCAUGCAGUUCCAAGCAAACUUCCAGGCUAUGACUGCGGAAGCUGAAGUUCCCAUGGAGACCUCCCAGCAGGCAGAAGGGAACGAAAAUCUACUUAAAUCAGGGGAUCUUCAAGCCUGCAGCACAGAACAUUACUUGCAGCCUGAGGCCAACGGGGGUAUCAGGAAUGGGAACAAUCUCCCUAUUCUCCAAGGAAACAUGGUACAAGGACUCUAUCCUGUGGCCCAUCCCAGCUUAAAUAACUCCUCCAACAUGGAGCUUAACUUGGACCACUUUGACAUCUCCUUCAGCAACCAGUUUUCUGAUCUAAUUAAUGAUUUCAUAUCGGUAGAAGGUGGGAGCAAUGCUCUCUAUGGACACCAGCUGGUGUCAGGUGACAGUGCUGGACUGUCUCAGCCUGAAGACGGUAACAGAGCAACCUACAACCAGGCUGAAAUGUGCAUUCCCUGCUGCAGUCCUCAGCAAGCCAACAUGCAGCUCAGCAGCACAGAGAAUGGAGCCAGCACGAUGGCGUACAUGCAUGUGGCUGAGGUGGUCUCAGCAGCUGCGGCACAAGGCACUUUGGGAUUGCUACAGCAGAGUGGGCGCUUGUUCAUGGUGACAGAUUAUUCACCAGAAUGGUCUUACCCUGAGGGAGGAGUAAAAGUCCUAAUUACUGGUCCAUGGCAGGAAGCCAGCAAUAAUUACAGCUGUCUGUUUGAUCAGAUCUCAGUGCCUGCAUCUUUAAUUCAGCCAGGGGUACUGCGCUGCUACUGCCCAGCUCAUGACACUGGGCUCGUGACUUUGCAAGUUGCCUUCAACAAUCAGAUCAUCUCCAAUUCUGUGGUGUUUGAAUAUAAAGCCAGAGCUCUGCCAACCCUGCCUUCCUCCCAGCAUGACUGGCUGUCCUUGGAUGAUAACCAAUUCAGGAUGUCAAUAUUGGAGCGACUUGAGCAGAUGGAGAGGAGAAUGGCUGAAAUGACAGGCUCCCAGCAGCACAAACAAGGAGUAGGAGGAGGGAGCAAUGGGAGUGGGAACGGAGGAACGCAGGUGCAGUGCGUUUCCGGGACUGGAACUCUGGGCAGCUGCUUUGAGAGCCGCGUGGUGGUGGUGUGCGAGAAGAUGAUGAGUCGUGCUUGCUGGGCAAAGUCCAAACACUUGAUCCAUUCAAAGACUUUCCGAGGAAUGACACUGCUCCACCUAGCCGCUGCCCAGGGCUAUGCUACACUGAUCCAGACCCUCAUCAAAUGGCGCACCAAACAUGCGGACAGUAUUGAUCUGGAGCUGGAAGUUGACCCUUUGAAUGUGGAUCAUUUCUCCUGCACGCCUCUGAUGUGGGCAUGCGCCCUGGGCCACAUGGAUGCAGCCGUUGUGCUGUACAAGUGGGACCGCCGAGCCAUCUCUAUUCCUGACUCCCUUGGGAGACUGCCACUGGCCAUUGCCCGGUCUCGGGGCCACGUGAAGUUGGCGGAGUGCUUGGAGCAGCUACAGCGAGAUGAGCAAACUCAGCUUGGGCCAAGCCCCAGGAUUCAGUGCCCCUCGAGCACAGACUCCAACACAGAGAACUGGGUGUCCCAGUGGCACAGUGAGCUUAUUGCCUCUCAGGAGCCUCAGAAGGGAGUCACUGUGAUUUCCAGUACAAAUACAGAGCUGAGACGACCAAGAUCAGAACCUUCCAGUUACUACAGUAGUGAGAGUCAGAAAGAUUACCCUGCACCCAAAAAACAUAAGCUGAGCCCUGAAUAUUUUCAAGCCCGGCAAGAGAAGCUGCUUUCCACUGCGCUGAGCCUGGAACAGCCAAGUGUCAGGAAGCAGAACUCCAGCUCCAAGCAAUCUGUCACUGAGACAAUCAGCCCCAGUGAAGGGAUAAGGGACUAUGGCCGGGAACUCUCCCAGCACAUCCCAGAAGUUACUGGGUACCGGGGCUCUGGCAGCCAAGCAGGCAUCAAAUGGAACCCAAAAGACAUUUAUAUUGGUGUGUCAGCAGUGCAGGUGGCAGGGAGCCAGAAGGGGGCUGCACUGGGGAAGGACACUGUAGCCCAUCGGCUACGCCAGCGAGAGCAGAUGAAUGUGCUGAUGAUGGCUGACAGGGAGAUGGUGGAUGCAGAGCUCUUAUCCUAUAGGGACAACGCAGGGGAUGAGGACUGCUUACACCACAUGGAUGACUUGCAGGUGAACAUGAUGACACUUGCGGAGCACAUUAUUGAAGCUACGCCUGACAGGAUCAAGCGGGAGAAUUUUGUGCCGAUGGAGUCACCACUGCUGGAGAGAACGGACAGUGCUGCCAUGAGCACCACAAUGAGCUGGCUGGCCAGUUACCUUGCUGAUGUCGAUCAUCUGCCGAGUGCUGCACAGAUGAGAAGUCUGUAUAGUGAACCCCUGACCCCUUCUUCGAACACCAGCUUGAGCCCUGCAGGCUCACCAAUCAGUGAAAUAGCUUUUGAGAAACCCAGCCUUCCCUCGGCAGCAGACUGGUCUGAAUUUCUGAGUGCAUCCACCAGCGAGAAGGUAGAAAAUGAGUUUGCACAGUUAACUCUGUCUGAUCAUGAGCAGAGAGAACUCUAUGAAGCUGCCAAACUCGUCCAGACUGUGUUCAGGAAAUACAAGGGUCGUCCUCUCCGGGAACAGCAGGAGGUGGCUGCUGCUGUUAUUCAGCGUUGCUACCGAAAAUACAAACAGCUUACUUGGAUAGCCUUGAAGUAUGCACUUUAUAAAAAGAUGACGCAAGCUGCCAUUCUUAUCCAGAGCAAAUUCCGAAGUUAUUAUGAGCAGAAAAAAUUCCAGCAGAGCCGACGAGCCGCGAUGCUGAUCCAGCAGUACUAUCGUAGCUACAAAGAAUGUGGGAAGAGGAGACAGAACCGUCGGGCAGCCACCAUUGUACAACAGAAGCUCAGAAGCAGUCUGCUUACCAAGAAGCAGGAUCAAGCUGCUCGCAAGAUUAUGCGGUUUUUACGACGCUGCCGCCACAGCCCACUGGUGGACCAUAGGCUGUACAAAAGGGGGCUGAAUGUAUUUGGAGCUCAAAUGCGUACGUUAAAUCACAGACCGCGUGCUCUGAGGUGUAAUUCUUAUUGGGCCUUUCUGUCUUUUUUGUUUUGCUGCCCAAAUGAGAUAUCUGGAAAAAGGCAAGAGCUCCCUUUUAUUAAAUGUCCCACAGGCCAUUUCAGCUCUCAGAGCAACAGAGUGAAAGAAUUGAAAAAGGCCAAGGAACUUGAAGAUACGCAGCAGCAUCCCGUAGCAAUGUGACAUUGCUUUUCAGACUGUUUUCAUUUUCUGUUUUAAGCAGAGACAUGCAACAACAACAACAACAACAACAAAAAUACCCACUGCAGUUCUGGAAACACCAGCUGCAGGAUUUUAACAGUAAUGUUUUGGUCAUUGCAUUUGCACUUUCAUGGACAACUUUUAAUUUGUUCAGCAAGACAUCUUGGAACUCAAUCUUCUGUUGGAUCGUGGGGAAAACAAAAGACACCAGGAGGAAAUUGUGAGUUGCUUCAUUCUCCGAGAAGGAAGAAGCGAUUAAUUAUCCUUUUCAUAUAGGGCUGUAUUAAACAACAUGUGGAACUGUACAAAUAUUAUACCAAAAAUAUUGUUAAGAAAAGGUGGGAAUGCACAAGCAACACAAGAAUGCUGUUCCUGCACCUGUCGGUCAUCUCCAAGAAACUGAAGCUUUGAGAGUCUCAGUGGAGGGGCUUAGAUCAGUACAUCUUUAUUGGGUCCAUGCAUCCUCAUUUCCUUCGCACUUCUGUCCUUCAUGUUUUAUUUAAAUCUCUACAGCACACUUAAUGCAACUUUUUAAAUCUGCAGGUUUUUAAUACAUCCCGCGGGAGCUUACAGGAGGGGUUGGUGUACGAGAUAAACGGGUAACGCACGAGGAAGGGAGAGAGCAGCUUAAGCAAGUUUUAAACAGUUCUUUUGGUAUUUUUACUAGAACCUGCAAACGCACCAAUUUUCACGUACUUUCUCUCAUAUUCAGCACUUUAUUUUCUAGCCUUACCGUCAUGUACUGUUGAUUUCGUUAAGUUCUUAAAAUAAUUUGUAAGACAUAGCUUUUUAUCUUAUGUACUUGUCAAACCUCUUGUCAUUUUGCAGAGUCACAUACAUAUGUUGCCUGGACAUUUUAUACCACCUAAAGAUCAGAGUGGUGCUGCAUUCUGGCCAGUAAAUUUCUUAUUUUGGCUACUUCAUCAAAAUCUGGGCAGUUUCUGUAUAUAUAGAAGGUAGAAAUGGAAAAUGAGAAAAAAUAUUUGAAAGGGAAUAUAUUGAUUAAUUACUAAAUAUUUUAUUCACAAAGGGUCAAUAACUUGGCAAGAUAAAAUUAUUAUUUGUAUAGUUUUGUCUGAAUGAACGAGAAGAGUGUGGAUGUAUUGUUUGUACAUAUUGUAUAUAUUAAAACAAAGAGAUAUGUGCAUGAACUCAAGAAAAAGAAAUGAACAAAGCAAAGCAUUAGUGGCUAUGGUCUGUAAAAUGAAACAAAAACUUUAUUUCACUAUAAGAAACUUUAUUUUAAAUGUUCUUUAGAAGAACAUUUUUGCUAAAGCAUGACUAAAUGGCAAAAAAAGAGCUACUGUAUUUAGACUUAGGAAAAAAAGGCAGAGCAACAUUACUUUAAAAAAAUAAAAAAAAAAAAAAGAAAAAAAAAAAGGAUAUGUUUACAUUUGAUUUGGCUACCAGGAGUUUGGUUUGGUCAGAUUUAAUUUAUUUAUUCCUUCCUUCUUUUUUCUUCCCCCGUCUUUUUGUUUUUUGGGUUUUUUGGGUUUUUUCUGUUGUUCUGUUUUGGUUUUUUUUUUUUUUGCCAAUGGUGCCAAGUAACGUGAAUGCUAAUAUUGCUUAAGAAAAUUAAGUUACUUUUGCAAAGCAGAUAAUCAUAAGAGUACAAAACCGUAUCUAGCUUAACACCAUACACUCACUCCAAUAAAGAACACUUAGAAUGAACAUAAAAUGAAAAAAAAAAUAGUACGAAAGUAGAAAAAUGUUUCACAUUU